AUGGCAAUCUUGAUCACACUCUUUCUCUCCCUCUCUCUACUCCUCCACUUCUCUCUCUCAUCCUCCUCCUCCAUCCACGACCUCCUCAGGUCCAAGGGCCUCCCCCCUGGCCUCCUCCCCGAAGAGGUCAAGUCCUACACUUUCUCCCAAAAUGGGCACUUGGAAGUGUUCCUAGAGGCACCUUGCUUGACCAAGUACGAGAACAGGGUCCUCUUCCAACAAGUUGUCACUGCCAACCUCACCUACGGUAGCCUCAUAGGUGUCCAAGUCUCUUUGACAUUGGCCUUGCCUACAAACAACUCUCUCUCUCUCUCUUUGAUGAUCACACUCUUUCUCUCCCUCUCUCUCCUCCUCCACCUCUCUCUCUCCUCCUCCUCCUCCAUCCACGACCUCCUCAGGUCCAAGGGCCUCCCCCCUGGCCUCCUCCCCGAAGAGGUCAAGUCCUACACUUUCUCCCAAAAUGGGCACUUGGAAGUGUUCCUAGAGGCACCUUGCUUGACCAAGUACGAGAACAGGGUCCUCUUCCAACAAGUUGUCACUGCCAACCUCACCUACGGUAGCCUCAUAGGUGUCCAAGGUCUCCAACAAGAGGAGUUGUUCGUUUGGCUACCUGUCAAGGACAUAAUCGUAAAUGACCCUUCUUCGGGCUUGAUUCUCUUUGACAUUGGCCUUGCCUACAAACAACUCUCUCUCUCUCUCUUUGAAGAUCCCCCUCACUGCAAGCCCCAAGGUGGGUUGAGGAAUCAUGUGAGGAAGGAAAAAGGUUUCGAGGCCCUGAGGUAGAAAAAGAUGCCACCCUGUUUUUCAGGCUUCAGUUGUUGUCUUUUUCUAUGUCAUGUUUAUAUAAUUUUAGCCUUGCAAUGCCACCACUAUAGUCAUAUGAGUUAUGAGUAGGUGCUUGUAGCGUAGAGGUUGAGUGAGCAUGUAAAGAUGUGAGAGAAGAGGGGGAAAAAAAGGAAGAAAAAAAAAAAAACAAAAACUAAGGAAUCUCAUGUGUAAUCAAUUUUACAAGUUGUAAUCUUCUAACUUUUGGUUCAUUCGCCGCUUGUUUUGUUUCAAGAUAAAAAGAUGUGAUAAGUGUCAAAGCAAAGGAUCAAAUCUAGGUUUAUGAAUUCGCAAAGCAAUGACUAGGAAACUUGCCAACGAAAAUGGGAUGAAGAAAAGUCA